AUAGCUUGGGCAAAUUACGAAGGAUCCGGGCGGUAAGUACCUCGAGGAACGAUGCAACGCAUGGCUGGUAUCCUCCCUCAUAUUAUCAACCACAAUUAUCCUUUCUCGAGCACACUCUAUGGCAAACAAGCCAUGGAAAUCCAAAACCAGUGUUAGGAGGAGAGGCCCCACAAAAUAUAUCGAGAGAAAAUUGCCAAGAUAAGCCGUGGGGAACCAGGGGAAAAGCGAAGGAAAGCAAUCUCGGCACUUUCCCCCUAAAUUACAGCGCUCUUCAUCCCACGUCGAAGGAUCUCAGACUCAGCAGGUCGUAGCACACAUCUCUCUCCCUGCCCCCUGACCCCGAUAUAUUCUCCCCCCAAAUCCCUUCCUCCGUCCGCCUUGUCUCGCUCUCUCGUCCCCUGCGUGACGACCCCCUCCCCUCCCCUCCCCUCCCCGAUAUCCAUCUUCCUCCCGCACGCAGAAUCAGAUCAGGGCGAGCGGGGCAGGGAGGAUGGAGAACAGCAGCGGCCGGGAGGUGGUUCCGAACGGAGGAGCCGCCGAGGGGAUGGGCAACGGCGCGGCGAACGGGAGGGCGGUGCAGGCGCUGCAGCGGAGCUUCGCGGAGGUGCAGGUGAUCCUGGAGAAGAACCGGAUUCUGAUCCAGGAGAUCACCCAGAACCAGGAGUCCCUCGAGGCCGGCGGCCUCAGCCGCAACGUCGCCCUCAUCCGCGAGCUCAACAGCAACAUCGCCCGCGUCGUCGACCUCUACAACGCCCUCUCCUGCUCCUUUUCCAGCUCCCUCACCAACGGCUCCGCCCCCGCUGCCUCCGACGCCGCCAAGGGGGCCUACAAGAGGCCGCGCCCCACACAGUAGAGGAGGCAGACCAUGGGCGCCCUCUUCUCCCCUGUUCAGAUUUAGAUUUCUUCUGUGGCCCUGGCCAUGGCCAGGGCUCAGCCUCAGCAGCAGCGGGCAGAUUUGAGACUUCCUUUUUUUUUUUCUUCUUCUUCGCUUUCUUUUUAAGUUUUAGCGUUGAGCUGAGAAUAUGGACAUGGGCAGCUUGUCGUCAGAGAUGAGAUGAAACAAAGAUGCAGGCAGCAGUUGUGUGGCUGUAUCAGUA